AUGAACUACAACAACGACAAGUUUCCGCUUGUAUUUCUCCAGAGUUGGCUAUGGGAAUCAGUGGAAAAAUGCAUCGACCCAAGUAGAAGAUACACUUCUUCUCUAAUCAAGAAGAACUUUGUAGACGAAACACCCAGAAAGGCUUCUCCUAUAGUACGAAUUUCGAAAUUUAUUAAAGUCACAGACAAUAAGGAUCUCACGGUUAUCUUGUCAGAUUCGACAAAUUUGAUGUUUGCAAUUUUCCCUUUCAAGCCUACGAUUGUCAACUUUGAGGAUAAGUACAAGCAGAGAAUCACCUUCCAUACCCAGAAUAUAUUGAUACAUAUCAAGAAAGCCAAUCUUCGGUUCAUAGAGAGGAAGGACUAUCCACUUUACGAAAUACCGGCCAUGGGGCUCAGCAUGGUGGUCUUAGAAGUGCUUGAUUUGGAAAUCUUUCAACGAGAUCAGAUUAUGCUAUCGAACAAGGUGGAGAGUACGUUGAAGUUUCUCCACAAUGAACUGAACUACGAACUGCUCUUUGGCAGAAAAUGGAAUAAUGCCGAAGAGAACAAUGACAGAGAAGAUUACGACGAUGUAGUUUCAUUUUAG